AUUACAGCAGGAAGGCUGGCACAUUUACAAAAGGUUUUAGUUCAUUUAUGGGGAUGGCAGGUGGAAGGUGGCAGGUCAUUGAUGCAACUAAUCCAUUAUUUAGGGAAAAAAAAUUAUGUGCUUUGAUAGUAAGCUGACGGCAUGUAGCUUUCUAACCGUAUGCAUACCAUUGUCAAGUGGCCCAAUUGCACCUCACCAGUCGCCAGCAACUAGAGCUCCCAUCAAUGGAUGGUAAAUUGGUAAUUGACAUGGGAAGUAUAGGUGUGAUGUCAGUUUUAAGUUUUAACCCUCACUCCAAUCCCCAAUUAUUUAAACAUUUCUCCCCCCUGAUUAGGUCACCUAAGGCUUUCUCCGACCCUUUUUUAAGCUUUGACUUGCAGUGUGGAUUGUGGAGAGAGUAGAGAUUCCAUUUCCAAUUUCCAGCUCAAUUCAUGUCUCUUUCUCCAAUCACUAGAUUGUUGUGAUAGACAUGAUAUUUUCAUUGUCUGAAACAGCGUGGCAAAACUUUUGAACAUUUGCAUUAAAAUUGAUGGAUGCCUGCAGCUCAUAUCACAUUCAAAUGUGUUGGUUUGCCUUAGAUCUCUCACUCUUAGGACUUAUCCAAGUAUGUAUAUUUUUGUUCGAUUGCAAUUGCAAAUGCUGUGAGAAGAUAAUUAUUUGCAUUUUUAAUUUUAUUACUGAUGAUUACAAGGGCCUUAGGUGUGACUUGUAAGCAAAAUAGGAAAUCUUUUAAAAAGAAAUCAUGGAAAUUUGUGAAGCUUAUGGCAGUAAUCCUUGAAGAUCCGUUUGUUUGGCUGAUUUCUCUACUUUGUCUAACAAUGUGAAAGCUAUAAUUGAACUUCCCAACGGUCAUUCUUUGCUGCUUUGCGUAAGCCAUUACGAUCUUCCUUUUUUUUUUUUAAUUAAUUUUUUUGAUUGUUGUUGUUUAUAUAGCAAUAUAAGAACAUAAAAAUUUUAUUUUUAUUUUUUUAAACAAUUUGAUAAUGUACUUGUCAAAUAUAUAUGCUUUCAAGAGUCUACCAUCAUUUAAUGUGGAAAGGCAUUUUUCUGGCCAUAAUUAUCACACACAAAUCUAUUUAGAGAUUCUUUUUGUGUUGCUUAAUGUGGACAACUCAAUACAAGUGCAUAUAUAUUCACAUGCGUGUUAUACUAUAUAAAAUAAUCCUUCUCAUCUCCUUUCUUUUUUAAUUAAAAAUUUCUCUCAUGUGAGGGUGAUGAAUAAGUUUUAUCUUCAAUUAUUAUUUUUUUAAAAUUCUUUUUAGUAUAUAUUAUCUUCAAUCAAUUUGAGUGAAGAUAAAUAGAAGGUUUUCCGUUCGAUUUAUAUUAUAUUAAAAAAAGAGAGGGAAAUAGAAUAUUGCACUGUGAAAUUAAAAAAAAAAAUGUAUAGAUGCAGAUAAUUAGGAUUGCAAUUACAUGUCAGGAUUUGCUAGCUCCAUUGAAAAUCACUAAAAAUAAGUAAAUCAGAGGUGAACCAGCAGCAGCAGAAACCCCAAGACAAUACUCGAAAACUCCAAAAGAAUUAAAACAAACAUCCUUAAGAAAGCCAGCUAAACACUGCCACUUCCAGAAAGUGACUUGUAACCUGAUCGUUUAUUUUUCGUUCUCCUUCAAAAAUCUUCGCUUUUGCCUUCUGAAUCUCCCUCUUAUUUCUUUUCCUUGCGCUAUUUUUCUGCCUUUACGUUUUGCUCUCUGUGUUUUCGUUUCAUCUGGGCUGAUGAUUGUUAAUUUCGGAGGUGCGUCUACUCCUUUCUCUCUCUCUGUCAUGCAUUGUGCUGGUUUUGAUGGGGUAAAUGUGAACGUAGAAGUUUUGAAUUCUCAACUUUUUGAUCCCUUUGGAAUGAUCAUUUAAUGAGUACUGAGUUUCGGUACUUGAGUUGAUCACGCAGACCAAGCCCAUCACAUGCCAUGUUGCGGGAGUUUUAAAAUGUGAUGUGUUAUGACUUGCUCUUUUGAAGUGAAGUUUGUUAUUUUGUUUGUAAUCAAUGUCAUGUUAUUUGUUUUGGCAAGACAUUUUUUUUUAAUGCUUCAGAGUACAUGAUUAGUUGAUUACUGCGCUUUCGCUGAUGUAAAGAUUUUGUUUUUCCGAAACCAAAAUCAUUCAAAAUUGUAUAAUUUUUAUAGUAUUGAUUUUCUCUUAAUCUUCCAUAGAAAUAUAGAACGUCCCUCUAUACCUGCUGCCCUUAGUUAGUUUGAUUAGUGAAAUACUUUAGCUCUGUUUGGAAAAUGGAAAAACCUCUUUCAGAUUCUCUCAACAACAAAAUGAAGGUUUUUCCAAACGCCUCCUACCAAACUUAGGCUCAAGUAUGAAUAACAGGCUGCAUUCGUGUGCCGUAUUGAGGAGUAUAUAAGCAUGUGUACAGAUAGAGUUGGUUAGCUAGCCUAUCUCAUCUAUUAGUUACUGAUAAUAUGAUAUACAUCUAGGUUACAUAGCAUAACCCUUAUCAGUUUGCAUGCAUAUGAUCUUUCUAUUUUGGGUUUGGGUGUGGGUUUGGUGGAUACCAGUAGACGUCCACAAUGAAAAAUUGCAAGAUAAGACUUGUUUCCACCCGGCAAACCUAUCUGGGAACUUGUUGAAGCCUUUGUGUUUGUGUUUUCAUAGUCUGAGAAGAAGUGAAAAACAUGCAAUAUUUUCUCAAAUUCAGAAAGAUGUAUUUGUGAAUCGUGUCCCUUCGCGGCUUUUUCUAGACUUUGGAAGUUGUCCUUUUCAACCCCAGAUGCAUGAGGUUCUAGUCUUUCUGCACUUGUAGUUGUGUUUUGAGAAAUGGCCAGAAUCAUUUGCGGUUGAAUGGUUGUGAUUCUGGGUUUUCAGCUCAGCUCAGUGGAGAUUUAGGUCCCAAGUAUUUGAAGCUGGCUACAGAUCCUUCAUUCGUAUUAUGUUUCUGGGUGUAUGUCUUCCUGCCAUUUCAAAUCUUCUUCUUCUUUCUAUUUUCUUUUCUUUAUUUGAAUAUUUUCUCUUGUCAAUGCAGCGCCAUCAAUUUGAGCAAAUGACUUUUAAGUUUUGGUGCAAUCCUUGAGAUAGGCUAAAUAGAUCCAAGCAAAGUGACAAUACAUUCUUAAAUGGAUUUUUUUUUUUUUUUUUUUUUGAAUAUGCAUUUUAACAUUGUAGAGUUGCAAGGAAGCCACUAUAGUGAAAUCUUGUUUACCAUAAAGAAUGGAAACCAAAUUUAUUCCCUUCAAUGGUAUGCCUAUAAUUGUUGCAGUUCAAUUGUCCAUGCGUGUUUCGAAUUUCUAUCAAUAUUAGGGUUAGUAAGAACAAUUGUAAAUGAAAAAAGCAUUGUUGAAAUGAGCUUUGAUUUAUUUUGUUUGUUUUGCAUUUUGGGAUGAAGACAUGUCUUGUGGUGCCUAUUUGUUAAUUUGCUCAGCAAGAACCAAUAGCAUGUUGUAGUGCUCCUGGAAUAUUUCAAAGUUAAAUGCAAAGAAAGUUGUACCGGAGUCGGAAAACAAUGACAUAAUACCUGAUUGACAAGACCAAGUUUUUUUUAUUUAUUCAUGAUGAACUCUAUUGAACAGUUAUUUUAUAUGCAUACACAAAUUUUUGGUUAUCUAAUCAUUCAGGGGACUGGCUAUGUCAGUUGCACCAGCUGAGGGUAUGGCAUCAUUAAACAGUGAUAUCUUCUAUGACAUAUUGAGGCGUCUUGAUGGCCCAACAUUGGCAAGUGCAGCAUGUGCAUGUGUUGCAUUCUGCUCCAUCUCAAAAGAGGAAAAGUUAUGGGAAAAUGUGUGUUCUUCUAUGUGGCCUUCAACAAAUAGGGUCGAUGUCAAAAAUCUAAUAACAUCAAUUGGUGGAUUCAGAAAGUUUUAUGCAGACUGUUUCCCACUUAUUGUUAACAAGGAAGUUUUAGAAUAUCAAUGGAAUGACCAUCCGGAGUACCCUGAAGAAUGGACUGAGGCUGAAUACUAUGGUGAUAUAGAUGAAUUCGAUAGUAUUUCACCAUCAGAUUUUGUCUCAAUUGUUGAUAUCAGGUACAAAGAUAAAGCAAUCUGUUCAAAAGUCCUGUUGGGAAUUCCUAAUGCCAAUGGAUUCAAUGGUUGGUUUUACAGCUGCCCAUUUCGAAUUGAUCUUCUUACGUAUGCAGCCAGGGAUGUUGACAGUGAAGGUGAAGUUUUCCUCUCAGUUUCAGAUGGUCUGCCACCAAUUUUAUCCAUGGAGAAAGAAAGAAAGGAUGGAAAACUAUGGAGAGCGCUUUGUGAUGGACUCCGGUUUAGUUGGAUUGUUGUAAACAAAAAAAUUAAGCAAGCUGCUAAUCUUUCUAGCUGGAGCCCUCUUGAUGGGCAAAGGCAUUGGCCAACGGACAAGGAUUUUGUAAUACGCUUUGGAUCUGUUCUUUCUGCAAAAGACAUUCUUCCAUGUCAGGUAGUAGAAUGCAUUCUCAUAAUGAAGUUUAGAGUAAUUCACACAGGAGAGGGUGUUCAGACAACUCUCAAGUUAACAGAGCUAAGCAUGCAGUUGGAAGACAUGGAAGGUGCUCAUGUUAACGGAAGGAACAGUUUGCUUAUUCUCAAAAAAGCAUUAAGCUGCUGUAGGAGCAAAAACUACAGUGAAGUUCUGGAGUCUUGCCAUUUGUACUCAAAAGUGCAAGGCGAGUUAAAAGAGGAGAAGAUUAGGAAUGAAAGCAGGAUAGAUAGACUUUGUAUCGUAAGUGGCAUUGCUGCUUUCCUCACAUUAUGUUACUAUAUUUUGUGAAAUACAAAUGCCGUCUUUUAUUUUAA